ACAGGCGCGUGCAGAGAUGAGGCAAAAUGCUACAACAACAACAAAAUGUUUCUUAAUGUAGUCUAUGUAUGAAGUAAAAGGGAAAUGAAAAACAUUGCCGCGUUGUUGGUAGGCCUACUUAUUUUCUGCGGCAUAACAUGGACAUCUGCCAGUGCCGGAGAUGGGCUGCGCACCUGGGAGAGGUUCAAACGGCUGUCUUCUCCCGGGGACGAGGCGUUUUUGUACGACACAUUUCCAGAAAACUUCAUGUGGUCAGUGGGCACUGCCGCUUACCAGGUCGAAGGGGCUCACGACAAGGAUGGGAAAGGGCUGUCAAUCUGGGACACCUUCAACCGAGGUGGGACUCGGAUAGUGAAGGGAGACGUUGGGAGCGAUAGCUAUCACAACAUCCCCGCUGAUAUCCGCGCCCUGGAACUUCUUGGCGUGAGUCACUAUCGCUUCUCUCUCUCCUGGUCGAGAAUUUUCCCGAAUGGAAGUCUGAGCAGCUACAACGAAAAAGGAGCAAACUAUUACAAAAAGCUGAUUAACAGUUUGAAGGAAAUUAAAGUGGAGCCUGUAGUUACAAUCUAUCAUUGGGAUUUGCCCGAGAACCUACAGGCUGUCUUUGGUGGUUGGGGUAAUCCUAUGCUCGUGGAUUUAUUCAAAGAGUAUGCAGGAUUUUGCUUCAAAACGUACGGCGAUGAUGUAAAAUACUGGAUCACAAUUGACAAUCCAUUUGUGGUUGCUUGGCAUGGAUAUGGGACAGGGAAGGCAGCCCCUGGAAUAAAGAAUGACCUGGACUUGCCUUACACAGUUGGGCACAAUCUCCUCAAGGCCCAUGCUGCAGCUUGGCACACCUAUGACAAACACUACCGGGCCAAGCAAGGGGGAAAGGUAUCGAUGGCGCUGGCCUCGCACUGGGUAAAGCCCAGCCGGAACCGGCCAGAGAGCCGCUGGGCCUGCCAGUGCUCGCUGGAAUUCGUGCUGGGCUGGUUCGCGCACCCCCUCUUCGUGGACGGCGACUACCCGCCAUGCAUGCGGCAGGAGCUCUCCGACGACCUCCCCGUCUUCACGGCAGCGGAGAGGCAGCACAUCCGCGGCACUGCCGACUUCUUUGCCCUCUCUCACGGGCCGUCGCUCAGCUUUCAGCUCAACGCCAGUUUUCUUUUUGGGCAGCAGGAAGUGUUGGAUUUGCGAAUGCUGUUGUAUUGGAUUCACAGCCAGUACAGCAGGCCGCCCAUUUUUGUGGUGGAGAGCGGUUGGUUUGUGCAGACCACCACUAAAACAAAGGAUGCCAUGUACAUCACAUACCUAAAGAGGUUUAUAAUGGACACACUGAAAUCCAUCAAGUACGACAAUGUGACGGUGAUUGGCUACACGGCCUGGUCUUUGCUGGACGGCUUCGAGUGGUAUCGGGAGUACGCCAUCCGGCGCGGGCUCUACUACGUGGACUUCAACACGCCUAACCUGCGCAGGGAGCCCAAGACCUCCGCCACCUUCUACGGCAAGGUCAUCGAGAAGAACGGCUUCCCCCUGCUGCCCGAACACCAGCCCGUCCAGGGUGUCUUCCCCUGCAACUUCGCCUGGGGGGUGGCUGCCAAUCAAGUAGAGAUCGACACCACCCCUACCCAGUUCGCGGACCCCGGCGUCUACAUGUGGAACAGCUCUGGCAACGGGGAACUGCUGCGUCUGGAGGGGGUCAUGGCCCCUCCCCUCCGGCCCGUCCGACACUGUGUGGACUACGCCUCCAUCCGCCAGCAGGUGGCAGACGUGCGGCGCCUGCGCGUCUCGCACUUCCACUUCUCCCUCAACUGGUCGUCCAUCACGCCCACAGGGCGCGCGUCCGAGGCCAACACCACCCUGCUGGCCUACUACCACUGCUUCGUCAGCGAGCUAAGCCGAGCCAACGUCACACCUGUAGUUACCCUGUGCCACCACACGGAGCGCUCUAGCAUUCCACCACAACUGGAGGGCGGCUGGGAGAGCAAAGACACUGUGCAGGCGUUUGCCGAGUACGCGCGGCUCUGCUACCACUGGCUGGGCGAGCAUGUGAAGAUGUGGAUUACCGUGUCGGAGGCCAACGUGGACAGCCUAGGCUUCACCGCGGGCCACCACGUGCUCUUGGCACACGCCACGGCCUGGCGCCUGUAUGACCGCGAAUUCCGCCCGCGGCAUGGUGGGCGCGUGUCCCUGGCGCUCUACAUGGACUGGAUGGAGCCCGCUGUGUCUUUCAGCCGACAGGACGUGGAGCCAGCCGAGCGCGUCCUCGCCUUCAAGGUGGGCUGGUUCGCCGAGCCCGUGUUUGGCCGAGGGGAGUACCCGCCGCUGAUGCGCCGCUGGCUGCAGCACCGCAACUCCAUGGACCUGAUCAGCUACCAGCUGCCUGUCUUCACGGAGGAGGAGCGGAGGCUGGUCAGGGGCACCUACGACUUCUUCGCCCUCACCCACUACACCACCUGGAUGGUCAUGGACGGCACCUCGCACAAGAUGCUGGAGGUGCAGCUGUCCAACGACGCCACCUGGGUGAAGGCGCGCUUGGACGGGGCCUCGGUGGUGCCCUUCGGUCUGCGCAAGGCCCUGGGCUGGGUGCACACCCACUACCGCGACGUGCCCGUCUACAUCAUGGCUAACGGGGUGAAGGAAGAGCCGGCACACUUCAAGGACAGCCUGCGCGUGUACUACCUGUACAACUACAUCAACGAGGCUCUGAAAGCCUACAUCUUAGAUGGGGUGAAUCUACAGGGCUACUUCGCGUACGCCCUUAACGACCGUCUGGACCCGGGCUUUGGCAUGUACGGCCAUGUGCAGGGGGAAGUGAUUGAGAAGGCGUCGCUAGGCAACUACCGCCACAUCAUCGCCCACCAUGGCUUCCCCGACCCGGACGCGCCCCUGCAGCAGUGCCCGGGACACCCCGACGACACCUGCCACUUCCACGGCUGCCAGCUAUUGGCCAAGCGUUCGGUGGUGGGCUUCCUGUCAUUGGUGGGUUCGGCGCUGGUUCUCACCAUGGGCCUGACGCUGUACUACGCCACCAGGAGGCACUGAGACACAUGGGCACGCACAGGCACUUAUAAACACGCACGCAAGAACGCACACACACAGACACACACACACACACACACACACACACACACACACACACACACAAAAUACUGCCACAUACAGUAUACAGUACACACACACACACAUGUAGGCUACACAUACAGACACUCCUUUAUUUUUUUGCUACUCGUCUAUCUCUGCUUGUUGCGGUACUGGAUAUACAGUAGAACUGUGAGACAUAGAGACAUUGACAUUGUGAGACAUUGUCGUAGUGGUAGACAAGCUUCUGUCGCAAAAGGGAAACAUCACACAGUGGUGUUUGUCCAUCUUGAUGUGACAAUAUGACUUCUAUUCAGUAGUGGAAAUUAUUGGUAUGUACUAAUACAUGUACUGAAUAUGAAAAUAUAUGACACUGAGAACAAGAAUCUGCGAUGAUGGUCUGGGUUUUUUUAAUGAAGCGAUUCACCAAGCUUACUUACAGUAAUGUGAUUAUAGUUCAUUUAAGUGUUUUCAGAAGUGUCUCACAAUGUUAUGACACUGAUGAUUGAACUACUAAAACGAUUUAGGAAACAUUGUUGCGAAAACUAUUUAGUGUCUCUUCGACUUUUUUGACAAAGGAAGACAGGCCAAUAUUGACAUCAUUGUGUGUUUUUACAGACAUUACAUUACAUGUGAUGCUGCCCUACUUGCCAGGAGGCAAAAUGGGCAGUAAGUAAGUACGUACAUUACAUUUGAAGACAUUACAUUGUACUCCGUAAAAUUUGUCUAAGUGAAUAUCACUGAGGUAAAAUAGUAGAAAAAAAUGCUGUUAUAUAAUUUUCUUGCGCUCCAUACUGUAUGCUAUUGAUGCUACCUUUUCCUAUAGCUUUGCUCUGUGUUUCAUGAUUAUAAAAAAGAAUAUAUUGUGAAAUAUUGAAAUUUAAUAUAAUUCCUGCCAUAUCUCUAUUUGUUUUGAGCAACCUGUGCCUUUAAAAUAA